UCCUAUCCUGACAUGUCACCAAGAACGUAGAUCACUGUCAUUGUCAAAACUGGUGUUUCCGGUGAAGUUCCGCCAUCUUUCUUUUUAUUUCUGGCAAAGCAUGCCUUUCAAAAGGUUUGUAGAAACCGGCCGUGUAGCCGUUGUAUCCGACGGUCCUUACAAAGGCAAACUCGUUAGUAUUGUGGAUGUAAUAGACCAAACAAGGGUUUUAGUUGAUGGACCCAAUAGCAAUGUACCUAGGGGACAACUAAGGUUAAAUGAAUUGCAUUUAACUAAGUUUCGUAUUAAGUUUCCAUUUGCAGCAUCUACCCGUGUUGUAAGGAAAGCAUGGACAGAUGCCAACAUAGAUGAAAAAUGGGCACAAUCAGUCUGGGCCCAAAAAGUUGUAUCAAAGGAAAAGCGGGCUGAACUUUCAGAUCUCGAUCGCUUUAAAUUACGCAGAGCUCGUUCAAGGAGAAAUCAUAUCCGUACUGCCACUUUCCUUACUCUCAGAAAAACUGCAUCUAGAAAUGGUGUCCUUUAUGGUAAAAAGAAGAUGGCUAAGGGAGGCGAUAAGCCAAAAACAACCAAGAAGGCUAAGAAAGAAAAGCCACAGGCUCCCAAAAAAAAGUAAUUUUAGGUUAAAUGACAAUAUAUAAGUUUGUUU